AUGCUUGUUGAAUCUGUAUUGGAGUGCUUUUCUCUACAGAGGGUUCUGGGAGGCUUGGUAGGGCUAUUAGCAGUAGCGAGUUUGGCCUACGCCCUCUACAAUCGCUUCAUUCACCCUCUCCGCCGUAUCAACGGCCCCCUCCUCGCAUCCAUCACACCCUGGGUCCAACUCUACCAUGGCCUGAAGGGCGAUCGCCAUCUCUGGCUACACAAGCUACACAAUCAGUACGGGACACAUGUGCGUGUUGCGCCUAAUUUCGUCUCUGUCAACUCCGAUCGUGGAUUGCACGAUAUCUACGGCCACGGGAAACGCCUUCAGAAGGCCGAUUUCUAUAAUGCUUUCCCUGCCAUCAAGGGCGUGUAUAACACGCACAACGCCAUUGAUAAAACCAUGCAUGGUCGCAAAAGGAGAGUCCUUAGCCAGGCUUUCUCGGAGAAUGCUCUCAGGGGCAUGGAGGAUGUGAUGCUCCUCCAUGUGCGUCAGCUGUGUUCCGUGCUGGCUGGGUAUGAUGGGGAUUUCGAAUCGCAUGAUCAGAAGGGCAAUGUCAAGAAUAUGGGUAACUGGUUUAGUUAUCUCUCGUACGAUGUUAUGGGCGAGCUAUGUUUCGGCAAAAGUUUUGAUAUGCUUAUUUCUGAGGCUAUGAGAUAUAAAGUUGGAUUAGUGGAUCGUGCUGCGAAUAGGCACUAUGUGUGUGGACUUUGGAUGCCCCUAGACACAUGGGGUUUGGAUCAGAUAUUCAUCCGCAAGCUGACGCGCGACCGAUGGAAUUUCAUUAUGAAUUCGCGCGUUGAAGCAAACGAGCGCGCCAAGGAACGCACCCAGAUUGGUCACGACGCUAAGAAGGAUUUCUUCUAUUACCUGUUGAAUGCGAAGGAUCCAGAGACUGGCAACGGACUCAGCACCCCCGAGCUUUGGGGCGAGUCAAACGUUCUCAUGAUUGCGGGCAGCGACACAACCUCGACUACAUUGGCAGCUACACUCUUCUACCUAGUUCGGAGACCGGAGGCACUGGCCAAGCUGUGCGCCGAGGUGCGCGGCGCCUUCAACGAAGUCGAAGAUAUCGUCACCGGCAGCCAGCUCGGCGAACUGGUGUAUCUCAAAGCAUGCAUCGACGAGGCGUUGCGUCUGGCCCCGGCCGUGCCCGGCGCGAUUCCCCGCGAAGUGAUGGAAGGCGGCGCCGUGGUCGAUGGCGUCUUCUUACCUGCCGGCACAGACUGCGGAACACCGACAUACUCAAUCCACCGUCAAGAGCGAUACUACCGGGAAGCAGGGACCUAUAUUCCAGAGCGCUGGAUUGAAGACGCCACUUGCAGGGCAUCUGGGAUGUCUUGGCAGACAACCAAGGAGAGCAUUGAGACUGCGCGACACGCAUUCUGCCCAUUUAGCAUUGGGCCCCGUGGCUGCAUUGGUAAGAGCAUGGCAUUUAUGGAGAUGCGGCUGACGGUGGCGCGGCUGGUAUUCCUCUUCGACAUGUCAUUGGCGGAUCGUGAGGGCGAGGACGCGGGGGGGCAUCUGGCGCUGACGGAUCACUUCACUUCCGCAAAGAAUGGGCCGAAUGUUGUAUUUAGACGGAAGUAA